UGAAAAGCUACUCACCUUUUUACAGCAAAACCCUAGGCGUAUGGCGAUCUGCUUCUCACAUCUUUCUCAAAUUCCCCUGCUUAAGGGGCUCUGCCUUCCCCUGCUUCCUUCUUCUUCUGCAAUGUGGUGAAAACCGUUCCUACCCUUUUCAGUAUAUACUCUCAAGGUUUCAGCAGGGCACAAGUUAAAGGUUUGAAUGUUUAAUUUUCUGAAAGCAUUUUGGUUGAAUACGAAGAAGAGAAUAGAGGUUUUUCUUAGAAGACCAAAGACUUUUAUUAGUGCACAGCAUGAAUGUCAUUCUUUUCCAUAUCUACAGUUGGAGGCUGUUAAAAUUUUGCAUCCACGACAAUGGGUUACCAAUUUAUCGAGUGGGAUCAAGGAUGGGACUAUAUACAGAAGGGGAUCACGAAGCUAAAGAGGAUUGUACAAGGAUUAUCAGAACCGCAGUUCAACUCAGAAGAAUAUAUGAGGCUUUACACAACUAUCUAUAACAUGUGUAUCCAAAAACAUCCCCAUAAUUAUUCUAGGCAGCUUUAUGACAAAUAUCGGGAGACAUUUGAGGAAUACAUUACUUCAACAGUGUUGCCCUCUGUAAUAGAGAAACAUGGUGACUGUAUGCUGCAGGAGUUUGUCAAAUGUUGGGAAAAUCAUAAGAUUAUGAUUAGGUGGCUGUCACGAUUCUUUAGUUUUCUUGAUGACUACUACAUCGCUCAAAAUCACGCAUCACAUCCUGGGUUGAAUGAAGUUGGACUUAACUGCUUCCGUAAUAUGGUUUAUCAGAAGGUAAAUGCUAAUGUGAGAUUUGCUGUACUUGUUCUUAUUGGUAAAGAACGUGAAGGAGAACAAAUUGAUAGAGCACUGUUGAAGAAUGUGAUAGAUAUAUUUGUUGAAAUUGGAAUGGGACAUAUGGAUGCUUAUGAAAAUGACUUUGAAGGAUACAUGCUAAUUGACACUUGUGAUUACUAUUCUCAUAAAGCAUCAAUAUGGAUUUGGGAGGAUGCUUAUACGAAUUACAUGUUGAAGGCAGAGGAAUGCUUGAGAAGGGAGAGGGAUAGAGUUUCUCAUUACCUGCAUCCAAGCAGUGAGAAGAAGCUGGUAGAGAAUGUGAAACAUUGGUUGGUGGUGGUAAAUGUAACUCAACUGAUUGAAAAGAAGCAUUCUGAAUCUGGAUGUAGUGCUUGGCUUACAGUUGAUAAUGUGGAGGAGCUUUCUAGGAAAUUUAUUGCUAAUGUUAUAUUGGAAAAAGAAGUUCCUGCUCAAGGUUCAACCUUGGUUCAACAUGCUGAAGAUGCCGCAAUGCAGGAAUGAAAUCAAUCACACUACUAACAAUUGUGAACCACUCUGGGAUCUACAGUAAAUUGUGCACUGGUUGUUUUAGAAAUUCCAUGAACAGAUUGCAACUUACAAGUUGUGAUCAGUACAAAGAGGCUAGAUAGAAGUAUAACUCUAUCAGGAAACGGGGAAGAGAUUUACAAUGAAUAUACAUGCGAUAGUUGCAUCAGAUAAUCUAAGUGUUUGGCUUGGAUUGGGUUUGUCCUUCA